CUCGUUUUCUAAAGCGUGUAUUACAAUAAUUUUAUCCCAAAGAGCUAGUGCUAUCCGAAUGUGUGUUAAUUCUCUUUUAUUUGGUGCAAAUGUAACUUUAUAUACGGAAUUAAACGAUAAUAGGGAUUUUCAAGUAACCAAAAAUGAGAGAGGUUUAAAAGUAGUUUGGCUCGUGUCGAAAAUGAAAGACGGAAAAUCAACAUUUACUAGAAGGAAAUCUGUGGAUUUUGACGAAACGAAAGUGAGAAGUGAAUCGGAAAAAUUUGAUUCUGCAUUUCAGCUGUUGGUAAUUACUGGACAACAAACGCGCAAUACAACUUCAUCAUCGCACCAAGGAAACGUUCAUCCAAAAAUGAAUUCCAUUGAGGAGGUAAACAAAAGACCAUUAAGUGACAGAGGACCGAUAAGUAAAGUUGUCAACCUACCAAAACUUCACGAGAGUGAUAAAUCAUCGGACGAUAGCGUAGGUAACCGCAAUACUGGAACUAUCAGACGUCCUUUUGAGGGAAACGACAUACUUCGUCCUCUGGUUGUUCAAGCUUUCAGUAAAGAUCUACCUGAACAAGAGGAAACGUCGACAAGUGUGAAAAAUGGCUCUGCAAGUCAUCGAUCGCAGCCAAUUGUUGAUCUAGACUCGGAAGUAUCAAGGUCACCAAACGAGAACAUGUCACACAUUGAAAGUAAUCCAAUAUCCACAUUUCCAUUUGUUGAAGAAGAUGAAAUUGACAAACAUAGACAUAUGAACGAAGAAGCUGAAAAGAACGGCAGCCUUAAACCACCACCUAACAGAUAUCAAAACUAUCUAAAAAGAUUAAAACUUGAAAGAAAAACAAUACAAGAUAAAAAGGCAAAUGAACUGAAACUGGUGAAAAAGAAAAUUCUUAAACGCACACAGACUAGACCAAAGUUUGCUAAAGAGUUUAAGGACGAUUUUAACACUGACAAACCACUGACGCCGCCUAAACCAAAAGAAACCGAGGCAAAACCUGUGAAGUUGAUUCUAGGAUUUAGAUAUUCUUAUGCUUUAGAACAGUAUUACAGAGGGCAAAUGCGGCAUCACGGAAGUGAAAUAACCAUUCAAAGUGAAGACAUUAGUGGUGAUAGAGAGGAAGUAACGAAUGGAUGGUUAGUGAAAUCACUUGGUCCUACCGUUUUGAAUUUAAGAGCACGAACAUUACCUAGCUGUAACCCUAUCGAACUAAGACUUAGAAGAAGACAACAAAUGCGAAUUCGCGAUUUAACAAGGUCACGUGGUCUAAACAGAUCAUGGUCUCACGAAUCAGGAUUGUCAAGAGGUUUGCUUAAAUCGCGGGAAUCAUAUUCAAAACUAAAUACAAUUGAAGAAGGCAGAGAAUCAAGACAUUCAAAUCGGUCAUCACAUGGAAAGAAAGUAGUUAUAUCUCAAAGUGUUGACGUUAUUGGAGCAGGAGAGACAAAUGAUCAGUCUACAGUGACAUCACUUCCUCCAAUUCAUUCACCCAACAGAUUUAUUGUUGGCGUAUCUAAACUGAAAAAAGCGAUAUCUUUGAGGCUUCCACCAGUAACUUCUGAGGAAUAAAUAUAAACUAUUAGUUGUAAUACAAUGAAUUCAUAAGAUAAACUGAGACAGUGGUGUUCAACAAACACUCAUGAGGUCGUGAGUUUUCACGCCCGGUUGUAUGUCAAGUGGUGCAUUAAUAUUUUCUUCAGUGAUUAUGUAAAAAUAUUCAUUUUGGAUUAUGUAGAGCUAACUUACAGAUAUUUCUUGUGUAACUGGACAUUCCUACAGUUUUUGUUUCAUCUAAAACCAUUUUUCCCCAGUAGAAUUUGUGUAAACUUCAGAGAUUAGUUAGAACUAAAUUCACAAAAUGUAUACAUGUUUACUCAGUUUUAGAUAAGAAAAGGAAUUGUAAAUAUACUUGAAUCGGUUUUUGUGUCACCAGGAGCAUUAUUCUUCAUACAAAUUGUCUGUCAAACAAUGUGCAUCUGGAAGAUCAUUUGAAUGACCAUCGUUGAUUGUAAUUAUGUCAUCAUAUAUAAAUAUUGACACCCCGAUAUCUUAUCAGCGUCAACAUUGCAAAAGAUUCACUAGUAUUGUAAUAUCAGCUUGAUCUGGGAUGCUGCAGUAUUCGACUCUAGUGCAUUUUGACAGGUUUGAUCCCACGAGGUGCGCAAGCAAACCCCAUGAGAAUAUAACAUCAAAGAUCUAGCUACUGUUAUAUUGUCCUUUUAUUAUAUACCCCCAUAUUUUGUUUGUUGUUUCAUUUUGAAAGGUUUAUCGAUGUUAGAAUAGAAAUGAAUUUAAAGAACAGUUCUAUGUCAUCAACUGAUAAAAGUCGUCCGGCAACAUGCACAAUUCAAGAUUUACAGUACAAUACGGACUUUGUUCGUAUAAAUUUUUGAAAUACAAGCCGUAUUUGUUACAGAAUUUAUACAGAUAUAUGAUAAAUUGGUUAUUUCUAGAGAACAUAAAUAUGUGCUAAAGAAUUAUUGUUGUUUCGGUUGUAAGUCUUAACCAGGCUAGAUGUAUUUGUAUGCUAUAAAACGUUACUACUUUUUCGGUUGCUUUAUCAAUGUAACUCGUUAGCUCUUGUAUACGCAAAUUGCUUAACGACAUUAUCAUUUCAUUUUUUCAUAGUUUCUUUAACUUCGAAAUGGCAUCUGUAAUGCUUAACAAUACUGUCAUUUAAAUUACAUUCUUAAUUAAACUCCUAGUUUUAAUGUGACAUUACUUUUAAAUGUGGCAUGAAAUUCUUAAUGUGAUAUAACAUUCCACAUAACAAUCUUAAUUGCAUUGUAAAAUUCAUUUUACCUUAAAAUCAAUUCAUAUGGAAAAACAGGUAAUACUGAGUACUAUUAAAGAGUUGAUCCCUCUGCUUUCAGUAACCGCUAAGGUAACACUAGUAGUGCGGCGAUGUUUCAAAAAUUAUAUGUGAAUAAUGUCUGUCACAAGAACCGUGUGGUAGAGGACUCACGUUCGGAAUUGUCAAGGUACACCAAGAUCAGAAUUCAUAAACGAAUUGAAAGAAAUGCCAGUACAGCGGAAAUUACUGGUGAAUUAACUAGCGAACAAUAUGCUGGGGUCGGCGGAAGUAACGAGUGAAUUACUUGAGUCGGUAAAGACAUGAACUGCUUUUGUAAAUGGCAAUGAUCAACAAAAUGCUUUCUUUCAAAGACAAUACACCAUCACAACCGUCCUAUUCAUAUUCAGAGAAGGAAGAUUGAAGUUAAGAUAUACUUUAGAAUAUAAUAAAGAAGGUAUUUAUAGACUGUACCGUCACAUUAAUAAUGCCAUAUCACCUUAAGAAUGUAAUUUGGUAUGUUAUGUCAACUUAAGAAUUUCAUGUCAGAUUAAGAAUGUCACAUCACAUUAAGAAAGUAAUUUAGAUCAAGACGUAAAACUGUAGCUAGAAAUAUAAAUGAUAAUAUCAUUAAGCAAUACGUAAGUACUGGCGGAAAACCCCUUCCAUAUUUUGAAAGGACAUUUUUUUUUCUAUUCCACUGAAAUUUCUGGGAACAUAUAAAAAUGCAAGGAUGCAAACAAAGUUAAAUGUUGGUUACUGCAUUGAUUGCAUAAAUAUCUUAGAUAUCUUACCGUAUUGGGUUAACCGAGCCAUUUAGUGUAAAAUACAUAAGAAAGUGACACAAGAAUUACAGCUUAGAAUUAGUGCGUCAAAAGUGAAGAGAAGUGCACCGAACUUUUGAGUUCGUUAUACAAAUAAAUGCGCUAGAACUCUUAAAGUCGAUUAUGGUCUUUGUAUCCAGUACCGUCCAUUUUCUUCACUCGUGACAAUUUGACUAGGAUAUGUACACCUCUCUGUCAGAGGCUCGCUAGUAUAAGAUUAAAAAAUCAUUAUUCAUGUUUUUUUCAUGUUCUUCAAUAAGUAUUUCUUGUGAUUUUCUUGGGCAGAAGCAUGAUCAUGGGACUGGUUUCAUAAACAUUAUGUACAGCUAAUAGCUCAGACUUGACAAUUAGAGGCAUAACUGAGUUUCCGUACCAUUGUACUUCCAAUUUAGGGUAAACAUUUGCCAAUCAUCACAUAGAUUCGGUUAUUCCUUUUCCUCGCUAUUGAAUAAACCAAUAAAAGUUUUAAUAAACAUCCUGCAACACCUUUUUCUUGCAUAGAUGACUACAUUUUUUGUAUUUUAUGAAUCUGAGAAUAACAAAACUCUGAUCCAUU